AUGUUUGGACUUACAUUCUCGCGUUGGUACCUGUUCGUCGCAGCUUUUGCGGUGCAGUUCUGCAUUGGGUGCAUCUACGCCUGGUCAGUACUCAACCACCCCAUCGACUUGGCCGUCUACGGCGAUGCCAAGAAGGGCCGUGCAGUAAAUGCCUUCUAUAUUGCCAUGGGUGUAUUUGGAACAGCCGCGGCAAUUCUAGGACCCAUCAUUGAGCGUAAGGGACCCCGUUGGGCUGUAUCCAUCGGUACGACAUUAUUCUUGAUCGGCCACAUCGUCACGGCUCUCGGGAUUCACUACAAGGCCAUUGCCUGUAUUUACAUCGGAUACGGAAUCAUCACCGCCAUUGGUUUGGGUAUGUGCUACAUUUCGCCCGUGUCGACACUUCAGAAAUGGUUUCCCGACUACCGCGGUACUGCCGCUGGUUUCGCUGUCGCUGGUUCCGGUGCAGGAUCGGUUGUGUGGAGCAAGGUGUACCUGCCUACGAUUGACGCUGUUGGCCUCCCGUGGAUGUUCGUUUUGCUCGGUGCAGUCAUGAGCGCUGUAAUGUUUGCUUCUGCCUUGGUUCUUCGAGUCCCGCCAACCGAUUUUACGAUCCACGGUCUCAACAUCGACGGCAAUGCUGUCCACGAUGGCGAUACAAUGGAAGAGAAAUUGAGCACUGCUUACAAGGUGGUCCAGACACCCACAGGAGCGGACCAGCCGGAGGCUGUGAAUGCAUCGAAGUCUCCGAUCAAAUCGAUGACACUCAAGCAGGCCAUCUUCUCACCCGACUACAUUUUCAUGUACAUCAUGUUCUUCGCCAACCAGCUCUUCGGUGUCAUCGUGCUGUCCCGCUUGUCCAGUAUGUGCACGGACAUUUUCGCCAAGAGUGCGAACACGGCCUCCGACAUUGUGUCAAUCAACAGUGUGUUCAACUGCUGUGGUCGUCUAGCGUUCUCGUCCAUCUCGGAUUUUCUCGUGCGCUACUUCAAAAUAGAGAAGACGUACGCGCGCAAAGUGCUGUACUUCUUCACCCUGGGUGCGCAAAUUAUUGUGAUCGGUUCGCUGCCCACGGUCAUCCGUCACGAAAGCUUCACGUUCUUCGUUAUCGAGAUUUUCGUGCUCACAUGCAGCUACGGCGGCGGCCUUGGUACGAUCCCGGCCCUUGUCACCGACAUGUUUGGCGCCUACAACGUCGGUCCCCUGCAUGGCAUCAUCCUCACGUCCCUGGCCUUCGGUGCUGUUGUCGGCGGCAUCACCUUCAACAACGCUUACAAUGGCAAAAUUGCUGACGGUAUGAGCGUGGGUGAGGCGUACAUCGACAACAUUCAAGUUAUCUUCGUUAUCGUAUGCAUCGGUUUUGUGGUUCUGUUCCUGGUGCGUACGAACAUUGAAGACCGCUUCGAACCGGGCUACCACUACUCGCUGUGCGGUAAGCGCGUUAUUAGCAUUCCACCGAAGGAAAAGGGAACGAAGCAGGAAGAGGAGGCCGAGGCUGAGACUACUGGCCAAAAGCUGCCCGAGACUGCUGUUUAAAUGAAAGGCUAAUGUAUAAAAGAAUACCCGUAAGUACUACUUUCAUUCCACA